AUGGCCGCGUAUAAGCUAGUGCUGAUCCGCCACGGAGAGAGCUGCUGGAACCAGGAGAACCGCUUCUGCGGCUGGUUCGACGCCGAUCUGAGCGACACUGGAGCCGAGGAGGCCAAGAGAGGCGGCCAGGCCCUGAGAGAUGCGGGGUAUGAGUUUGACAUCUGCUACACGUCUGUGCUGAAGCGUGCCAUCAGGACCCUGUGGCUGGUGCUGGACAGCAUCGAUCAGAUGUGGCUGCCCGUGCAUCGCACCUGGCGUCUGAACGAACGCCACUACGGUGGCCUGACGGGCCUCAACAAAGCCGAGACAGCGGCCAAACACGGCGAGGCGCAGGUGAAGAUCUGGAGACGCUCCUACGACAUCCCACCUCCACCCAUGGACCCCAAGCACGACUUCUACACCGCCAUCAGCAAGGAUCGCCGCUACGGUGACCUGACGGAGGACCAGCUGCCCUCGUGUGAGAGCCUGAAGGACACCAUCGCUCGAGCACUGCCCUUCUGGAACGAGGAAAUCGUUCCUCAGAUCAAGGAGGGCAAGAGGGUCCUCAUCGCCGCUCACGGCAAUAGUCUGCGAGGAAUCGUCAAACACCUGGAGGGUAUGUCAGAGGAGGCGAUUAUGGAGCUGAAUCUGCCCACAGGAAUCCCCAUCCUUUACGAGCUGGACAAGAACCUGAAGCCCGUGAAGCCCAUGCAGUUCCUGGGCGAUGAAGAGACGGUCCGUAAAGCCAUGGAGGCAGUCGCUGCUCAGGGCAAAGCCAAGAAGUAGAUUAUAACUUCACGCAAUGCUCCUCGAUAAAUGCAACCACUGUUUUACCGUGAGCCUAGAACCAAA